AUGGACUCGGCAGCCACCAAUUCGGCCGCACUCAACAAGCAGCGCGAGCUCGAAAUCUCCAUCAACGAAAACAACAGCGGCAGAAGCAGCGGCGGAGAUGAAGACAGAGACCAAGAUGAGCCCAAAGAAGGAGCAGUCGAGAUUGGAUCCCGCAGGCCAAGAGGCCGCCCUCCGGGAUCCAAAAACAAGCCCAAACCCCCCAUCUUCGUCACCCGGGACAGCCCCAACUCCCUCCGCAGCCACGUCAUGGAGGUGGCUGGAGGCGCUGACGUGGCCGAGAGCGUGGCCCAGUUUGCGAGGCGGCGGCAGAGAGGGGUGUGUGUCCUCAGCGGGAGUGGCUCAGUGGCGAAUGUAACGCUCAGGCAACCUGCGGCGCCUGGAGCUGUUGUGGCACUACAAGGAAGGUUUGAGAUUUUGUCUCUGAGUGGUGCCUUCCUGCCCGGGCCAGCCCCACCCGGGUCGACGGGGCUGACGGUGUACUUGGCGGCCGGGAACGGGCAGGUGGUUGGGGGCAGUGUGGUGGGGUCACUUGUUGCAGCAGGGCCAGUGAUGGUGGUGGCAGCAACAUUUGCAAAUGCUACAUAUGAGAGGCUGCCUCUUGAGGAAGAUGAAGAAGGUGGAGGAAGUGGAGGAGGAGGGCAUAACAAUGGGGGUUCAGGGAAUUCUCCAACUGGGGGAGGGAGCAGUGGGGCCCAGUUGGGGAGUGGAGGGCAUCAGCAUCAGCAGCUGCUGCCUGACCCUUCAUCUGGAGGGCUGCCUAAUAUUUACAGUCAUCAUCUGCCUCCAAAUCUGAUCCCAAAUGGUGGCCAUGGACAGCUUGGCCAUGAAGCCUAUGCUUGGGCAAGACCACCUUACUGA